CCAACCCAGAUGAGCACACCAGCAAAAUGCAGCUCCUGCCCGUCGCUCUACUCCUCGGAGCCCUAAGCGUUCCCACCGCCAGUGAAUCCUUCAAUCCCCUCAACCACCUCGCUGGCAUAGCUCCCUACCGCACCAUCAAUGACCCCCCAUUAGAAUCUUCUCCUCCACAGGGAUGCAACGUAACAAAGGCAGCAUAUCUGAUCCGGCACGCAGCCAUCUAUGCUAACGAUUUCGACUACGAAACAUAUCUCGAGCCGUUUGUGAAAAAGCUCCGCAACACAACGCAGGACUGGUCGAAAACGACGGAUCUCAAGUUCCUAGCGAAUUGGUCCGCCCCCGUUGACGAAGAGCAUCUUGAAAAGGUCACGAAAGUCGGGUACAAGGAAGCUGUGCAGUUAGGCGUCAACUUCCGCACCCGCUAUGCUAGUCUACGCCAUCCGAGCAAAGUCUGGUCAUCCUCUGCAGAUCGAACGACCAAGACAGCCGCCGGGUUUAUUGAGGGCUAUACACUCAACAAAACCACGGGGAUGCAUCUCGUAGAAGUUAAAGAGAAGAAGAAUACGGGCGUGGACUCCCUCACUCCUUACAAAAGUUGUCCCGCGUAUAGUGGAAGCUACGGUAGCGACCAGUCCCAAGAAUGGAUACAGAAGUACACUGCACCUAUCAAGGAACGGUUGAAUGACCAAGCCCCUAACUUCAACUUCACGACUUCCGACGUAGUAAGCAUGUUCGAGUUCUGCGGCUACGAAACCGUCAUCCGGGGCGACUCGCCUUUCUGUGCCACCACUCUCUUUUCUUCGAAUGACUGGCUCGCCUUCGAGUACGGCGAGGAUAUCAGGUACUUCCAUAACGUGGGAUACGGGAAUUAUGCAUCGCCAAGGAUCGGCUUUCCAUGGGUGAAUGCUAGCUUGGGUCUCCUUGCUUCCAACUCUAGCCAGGAUGUUUAUGUUUCCUUCACGCACCGCGAACUCCCACCGACUGUUAUCACAGCCCUGGGUCUCUUUAACAACAGCGCCUUUUCGGGUGCCAAUAAUGUCAACAAGACUAUGCCAACAGAUAAGAUCAACUACGGCCGACAGUGGAAGAGCAGUGACAUUUUGCCGUUUUUGACGAACAUUGCCAUUGAGAAGCUGAGCUGCGAUAGCUAUGGAUAUGACGAGGGCGAGUAUUACCGGGUGUUGGUGAACUCGAGUCCCCAGCCUUUGGAAGAGUGUCGCGGUGGGCCGGGAGAUAGUUGUGGUGCGUCAAAGUUCGAGGGCUUUGUACAAGGGCUGGACGAAAGAUUUGGGGACUUUGUGGGAGCUUGUGGUGCGCCUAAGAACGAGAGCCAAGUUGUGACGAUCUAUAACUAAGUUUGCCGGUGGGAGCUGGGUUGGGCGAUAGACAAAUGGGGAAGUGAUAUAAAACGACUAAUAAAUACUUUGUUC